GUCAAAUAGUGACACAUUUGAGUUCACUGGGGACGUGAAUUUGGUGGAGGCGCCUGAAAAUAAUUUACUAGCCGACGAUAUCUGCGCGUGAACUUCCAAGCCCACAACACUCUUCCAUUUAUUACUAAAAUUCGGGAAUGUUAUAAAGUCACAAAUAAGUAUAAACAUAAGAAACAGUAGCGCGUAAACUAUGAUAAAAUUAUUUUCUCUGAAGCAACAAAAAAAAGAUGGUGAAGCCUCGCCAAGAUCUGGAAAUCAGAAAAAAGCUUCAGCUGCACAACUCAGGAUUACAAAAGAUAUAAACGAAUUAAAUUUACCAAAAACAUGCACCACAGAAUUUCCCGAUCCAGAUGACCUGCUAACUUUCAAACUGAUUAUUUGUCCAGAUGAGGGUUUUUAUAGAAUGGGUAGAUUCACAUUUAGCUUCAAAGUCGGUCCAAAUUAUCCACAUGAGCCACCAAAAGUGAAAUGUGAAACUCAGGUAUAUCAUCCAAACAUUGAUCAGCAGGGAAAUGUGUGUCUAAAUAUACUGAGAGAGGAUUGGAAGCCAGUCCUCACAAUUAACAGUAUUGUUUAUGGUUUGCAAUACUUAUUCUUGGAGCCAAACCCAGAAGAUCCACUGAACAAAGAGGCAGCUGAAGUGCUUACAAAUAACAGGAGAUUAUUUGAGCAGAAUGUGCAGAAGGCAAUCCGUGGUGGAUAUAUUGGUGGCAUUUACUUUGAUCGUUGUUUAAAGUGAUGGACUCUGUGAAUUGUACUAUAAGAAUAAUUCAAUGCCUCAUUUUUAAGGACACCAAUCUAAGUGGCUCUUAUCCUAACAACAAUGUUCCAUUCAAAGAUGAUCAAUUUUCUCAAGUCAGGUCAUGGAUGUUUUAUUUUUUUAGUGUUAAUUUAUGUGAGAGUAAUUUUUGGAAAAUGUAACACUCUAGUCAUGGCCUUUUUAUUAGGGUGUUAAAUUGAUUCUCUUGGUUUGGAAUAGGGCUGUAUAUAAUUAUAAUUUGAAAUCUAAAAGAUAUGUUAUAAUUUUAAUUUUUUUCUAAAUUACAUGGAUUUUUUCCCAGUUUGUUUGUGUUUUAAGUUAUGUUGAAAACAAAUUAGCAACUACCUCUGAUCCUUUGAAAUGUUAAAAAUCAAUAAAAAUGCAUUAUAAUUUAAAUUAUUUAUGUGUAAUCAUUAUUAUUUUUAACUAUUAAUUAAUAUUAUGCAAGACAUUGUAAUUUGUUUGUAGAUUAACAUGGCAGUUUCCUUAACUUACAACAUACAUUUCUUAAAUAUAACUAACAGAAAACAAUAGCUAAAGUACUUAUUUACAUCGAAUUUUUCUAGCAAAACACUUGUUUAUUAUUUUAAGAAAAGCAGUCACUUAUUGUCCAAUGUUUUAUUUUAUUAAAGUUGUUUAAAGGCUCUCCUGCACUUUUAUUUUAUAACAUGCUUUGUGUUUAAUGGAUUUUGGAGGUCACGUAAUUUUUAAACUUGCUAUUAGUGAUGAUCAAAUAUGAAUAGAUACAAUUGCCAUUGUGGAAAAUAUAAUAAUUUGUAAUAUUAGUGUUUAAUGAAUCAGGUGAGAUUAACAAAAAUAAAUAAAUUAAAGUUG